CUAACUGGAACAACCCACCAGUCAGCUGACCCGCACCCUAAGGUGGGGCAAUUCCCAAAAGUUCAAGUGCGCAAGCUGCAACUUCAAAUUCCUCCUCUUACCUGACCAAGCGCAUCUUCACAACAUCUACAGAUUGCUGAGGAAGACAUUGUGUCUAGGUACGCAAUCAUGCAGAUCUUCGUGAAGACCCUAACGGGCAAGACUAUCACCCUUGAGGUGGAGUCGAGCGACACCAUCGACAAUGUCAAGUCCAAGAUCCAGGACAAGGAGGGCAUUCCCCCGGACCAGCAGCGCCUGAUCUUUGCCGGCAAGCAACUCGAGGACGGCCGGACUCUCUCCGACUACAACAUCCAGAAGGAGAGCACCCUCCAUCUUGUGCUCCGUCUGCGUGGCGGUGCCAAGAAGAGGAAAAAGAAGGUCUACACGACCCCCAAGAAGAUCAAGCACAAGCGCAAAAAGACCAAGUUGGCUGUACUUAAGUAUUACAAGGUCGACAGCGAUGGCAAGAUCGAGCGUCUCCGCCGCGAGUGCCCCAACGAAACUUGCGGUGCUGGUGUCUUCAUGGCUGCUAUGCAAGAUCGCCAGUACUGCGGUCGCUGCCACUUGACCUACGUCUUUGAGAAGAGCGCCUAAACGGCAGGCCGCCUGGACGGACACCCACGGCAACGGGAACGGGAACGGAAUUGCAAUGAGCUUGGAACGAGCGACGAUGUCCACGUCGACGUCGAUAUACCUUGAAAGUGGACAUACUUCGGCUGACCAGCAAGGAAAUGCAAUUUGG